UUAUCCUAAGCAAGUAGGGCAAGAAAGGGAUUCCCCCGCCUCUCGCCUGGAGAUGGAAACCAGAGAUCCUACUGGGAAAGAAAAUGCGGGCACCAGGAAAAAGAACUUGACCUUUUUAAAGCAGAGGGUGUACAUGCUGGAGAGGAGGAAGACUGACACAGUCGUGGAAAGUAAUUUUUCUGGGGACCACGGCAGCUCUGGGACGUUGAGGAGGAGUCAGUCUGAUAGGAGCGAAUACAGUCAAAAAUUGCAAGAGAAGAUGGCACCCCAAGCAGGGUCCUCAGGACUAGUUGGUUCACCACUGGAAACUGAAGAACAGCUCAAGAGGCGGAUGAUGGCCAAAAGGCAAAAGAUUAUUGCAGAAAUGAUCCAGACAGAAAAAGACUAUCUCAAUGAUCUGGAACUGUGCAUCAGGACAGUGGUUGAGCCCUUGAGAAGGAGGCAGAUUGCAAGGCUUGAUGUGGACGGCUUAUUUAGCAACAUCGAAUCGGUCUAUCACAUAUCAACCAAACUGCUGUCAGCAUUGGAAGAAGCAACGGCAAAUGUGGAGCCAGCCAUGCAAGUAAUCGGGCAAGUGUUUUUGCAGAUUAAAGACCUACUAGAAGAUGCAUAUAAAAUUUACUGUUAUCACCAUGAUGAUGCCCACAUGUUGCUAGAAUGCUAUGAAAAGGAUGAAGAAUUGAAGCAACAUAUAAGAGACUGCCUACAGUCCUUAAAAAAGAUAUAUGAAGAAGGGGGAAAACCAAAUCUACUAGACAUGGGAUCUCUAAUGAUCAAACCAAUACAGCGUGUGAUGAAAUAUCCUUUGUUGCUAUGUGAACUCUUGAAUGCAACUCCCCUGUCUCACCCAGACCACAAAGCACUGCAAGAUGCCGUGGUUGCUGUGAAAGCCAUGAACAUGAAUAUUAAUGAACUUAAGAGGAGGAAGGAUAUAGUGCUGAAGUAUAAGAAGAAUGAUGAAGAUGAAUCUUUGAAAGAGAAGUUUUCAAGACUCAAUAUUCACUCGAUUAGCAAGAAAUCCAAGCGAGUCACCAGCCACUUGAAAAUUCUAACUGGUGGAGAACCACAGGUGAAAGAUGGAACUUUUAAUAAGGAGGAGAAAUUAUUCAGAAGUUUAGAAAAGGCAGUCAAACUAUGUGUGAAGAAUAUUUCGUUGUCUUUACAGCAUCUGGAGGAUUCUGUGCUUCUGGCUGCAAAAAGCACAGCUGAACUUCAAGGUCUUCUACAUGAGAGAGAAGAUGAGGAAACUGGCUCUUCAAACAUGUUGCUCAGUGCUGAAAAUCCCAAUGAAGGAUUUGCAAAGCAGGUAGACAAGAUGGCCCUGACCCCACUGUCAGCAUUACAGGCCCUGUUCAUAGGCCCUCAGAAGCUUAUUCAGAAACGGUAUGACAAACUGCUGGACUACAACAGCUACCACCAAAAGACCACGGGUGAUGAGAUGGAUCUGGCCAAAAGAGAAUACGAGGCUCUGAACGCACAGCUUGUGGAGGAGCUCCAGAGGUUCAACAGGGCAGCAAAGAAGAUAAUAACCAAUUGCCUGUGCUGCUUCAUCACUCUCUUGAGGGAUAUGAUGGCAUCAGCACUGAGGUCCUUUCCUAGUGGAGAAUCCCUCCUACCUCUGUCUCCUCCAAGUAUCUGUGAAGUUCAGUGCCAAGUCCUUGAAGAGGUACAGAAUCUGAAUUUUGUCAAAGAAAACAACAGCAUCAAUUUUAUCGAGAGAAAGCUGAGUUUUGAAAAAAAGAAACCCGCCCCUCCCCAGCCUGAAUUUCCAAGGCAAACAGAAAGUCACAGGUCAAUGAUACUGGCUACUUACAGUGUGGAUUUGCUGUACCAAGCCAAACGCAAAUGCAAUGCCACUCAGGAGUUUGAUAUUGAUCUCUAUGAAGGAGAAGUGGUGGCUGUCGUGGAACAAAAGGAUCCUUUUGGAAGUACCAGCAGAUGGCUUGUUGACACUGGAGUUUCAAAAGGCUACGUUUAUUCCUCCUUCCUGAAACCCUACAAUCCAUCAAAGGCACAAAAGGAUGCUGCGGAAGCCACGGGGAAUUUUUGCAAUGAUGAUUUUGAUAACAUCAGCCUUUUUGUCUCCUCGCGGCAACUGGAGGACAGCUGCACAAAACCUGCAGGGCACAAGAGGAGUAGCAGCGGCUCUUCCUAUAACAGCCUGUGUGAAAAAACAUCGAUUAAUGGGACAGAAGUGGAUAGCGUUUAUGAAACAGAUGACCAGCACACAUUCUAUGCAGUUCAUGCAUUUCAAGCAAGGAGUCAGCAGGAACUCAGUCUUCAAGAAUAUCAGCGAGUUCGGAUCCUUCGUUUUUCUGAUUUGAGUGGCAACAAGGAAUGGUGGCUGGCUGAAGCAAAGGGGCAGAAAGGAUAUGUUCCAGCUAAUUACCUUGGGAAGAUGACGUAUGCAUGA